AAGCUUAAGUGGAGAAAGAUACUCCUCUGCCUGAAAGGUAUUCGCCAAUACUUCCUGUGCAAUACAAGCAGAAGGUGAGCUUCUAACCAGGAACAAUGGCAGAUGACAGGAAGUUGGAAGCGAAUGCACAGCAAUGGGGCACAAACACGCUUCUGGAGGCUGCUUCACAUCAGUUUGCUGCUGAGUUUAAAGAGCAGAGUCCUUCAGGAGAAAGUAUAUCCCGGACUGAGAAUGGCUACUCAGAGAGGGAGCACCCAGGAGGGGCACGCCACGGGGAUGGAAAUCAAACGGCCUACCCGACAACGAAAGCAAAUGGGAUCAAUGGUGAUUUGAAAGCUGGAGAUGCAACAACAGCAGAGGAGAUCUCAGCCAGGAUUGUCCAGGAAGUGACAGCAGAGGCAGUGGCUGUACUUAAAGGUGAACAAGUUAAAGAAGCUGUACAUGGUGAGCAGCCGAAGGAGCAGCCAAAGGAGCAACCAAAGGAACUCCCAAGGCAGCCGUUCCCAGUUGAUGACUCAGCUAACUUGCCACCUUCCCCACCUCCAUCUCCAGCAUCGGAACGCUUCGGGGCGGCAGAGCAAGAUUUAAGGGUUGAGGUUAAGGCAAAACCUCUCCAAAGGUGCUCAAGCUAUCAGCCUGCCACCACUCAGGAGAGGCGUGUACUCCUAGCCCCUUCCAUUUCUGUUUCUGUUCACGACGAUGAGCCUUACAAUUCUGAUGAGGAGUACUAUGAGCAUCCUUUAUUCAGUUCAGAGUGGACUGCCACUAGUCCACUCCCCAGUGCCACAGUUCAACAGGCAGAUGAGUUGUGUAGUCAGGACAAAGAAGAUUUUGUUGAGAGUCCAGCAUCGGACGAAGAGGAGCCAGCAGCAGCUCUUGAGCAAGAACAUAUUCAAGAGUGUUUGUCUGCUGAGCACUUAGUGCAAGCAGAAGCUAUAGCCCAGGAUACCCAAAGUGUGGAGGUCAAAUCAUCAAAUGAAGAAAAUGUGCCAGCUGAGAUACCCAAUGGGAAGGGUAUGAUUCAUAGGGAGGUUGGGUCCCUGGAAGAAAUGCCACCUUCUGUUGAAGAUUUGCUUACAGCCACGAAGAUGGACAAGUUUGAUCAGCUGUCAACAGGCGGAGAACCCUCUGUUACUAGUGGGGAAAGGCCAUCAUUGAUUGAAAUGUCUAAGACGGAGGAGAAAGAUAAGUGUAUUGAACAUAUUGAAGAACAAAAAUCUGAUCUACUAACGUGUUACACAUUUAGUAAAGAUGAAGAAGUUGCUACAGUAAUACUAGAGGAAGCUGCCGAUAAGGUGUAUUCAUUCUCUACAGGUCCUGAAUCGGUUUCGCUCAAAGAUGAAACAGGUAUAAAAGACUUAGUUACUUCCUCAGGUGUUGAAACAAUGUCUAGCCACUAUGAGAGCCUGUUACCAUGCAGUGCCCAUGAAGAUGAAUGCAUUUCUCUAGUGGCAGCAGAAAAUAUUGCUAUACACACACCAUCGAGCCCCAGACAUGCUAAGCCAAAAGAUGACAUCCAGUGGGCUCCAAAAGAAGCUGAGUCAAGUCUACCCACUUUAGAGGAAAAAGAAAAGUCUCUUCAAUAUUCUAAUAUUCAGGAUUCAUCAAAAGCUCCUAUUGUAGAGAUUUCAGCAACCGGUUCUGGUGAAGAAAAAGAUGUUCUUGCAAAAGCUUCAUCGAAAGAUAAUGAAGGAACUUCUAGCAAAGAGCAGCAACCACUUGUGGGAACUAUAGUUACUGAAGACAAACCUGUGCCACAUGAACAAGAAGUAAAGAUGGAUUCAACUGUAACUACUUCCUCUGUGACCGAAACUACAGAACAGCAGAUUCUUAAAGAAAAGACUGAAGGAGUUUUUGAGGUGUUAGAUCCAUCCAACAUGCCUGCAGUUGUUCACAGUGAUCUUAAAGUUAAAUCUUCAGAAGAAUUGACAACCAAAAGGGGAGAUGUACCAGAUUCAGUAACAUUGGUUGAACAUAAGGAAGAUGUGAGCCCAGUGUCAAAAGACCAACCAGGAACUGAUAAACGCAGCUCUGAAAAAGGUGUAGAACAUCAUUUAGAUGAUUCAAAGAAGAAAUUGGUAGCAGAAGAGCUAGCUUCCAGCACAGUGGACUUAAAGGUACAAAUCGAUACUUCUCCACUUGCUUUUGAAGAGCCAACAACUGAGGUUACUAUUAAGGAAAUGGACAAAACUGACAGUAAGAAACCAGAAGCCCAGGAGCUAAAGGGUAUUCCCUCAUUUGAAGCACAUGUGGAAGAGGUUAAAGGAAAUCUGCCAGACAGUAUACAACCCUGUGCAGAUGAGAGUUUCAGUACUGACUCUAGCCCUAAGGGCAUUAAGAAGGAGUCACAUGAUGGGGAACAAAAUAAGGAAACAAUGGUAAAGAGCGGUGAUGCUCAUACAAAACCUGAGGAGAAAAGUAUUGCCCAGGUUAUCACUAAAGAGGACACAUCUGAAGAGCAGGGCAUGUCCCAAAUGAUUAAUUCAACAAUUAUUUCCAAUAAAUAUGUAGAGAGUUCACUUAGUGGACCAAUGCAGGACAAAAGAUCAGACAGUAUUGACAUCAGCUUAAAAGGUAAGACCAAAGUGGAUCAGCCUGAUGUGUCAACAUAUUUUGAAACGUCUAUCCCAAAAGAAGGCGACGUGAAAAGUAGCAGUCAACCCGGAGAUGGAUAUUACGAAAUGACCAUCACAAGCGAAGAGGAUUCAAGACUUCCUCCGGCAGCCUCUCAGUUAUCUGAAGCCCAGCACAAAAUAUCAAAAGUGGACUCUUGCAAACAAGAGAGUGACAGUAUUUCAGCUGAACAAGUUGACUACAGCACCCUUGCACAAACAACUGCAGCUGUGGAUGCACAGGGUGAAGCCAGUCCAGAAGAUGAAAGGGUCUCUCCUGGUCAACAAAGUGAUAUGAAGCACCAAGACCUCCCCACAGCCACGUCUCAACAAAGUGAUUACAGCACUGAAAAAGAGCUGCAAAAGCUGGUGCUGCGUUUACCAACAAUGCCUGUGGAUUCAAUGGUUCUGGAGGUUGAAUUGGGGAGUCCUGGACCUCCUGAGUCUCUGUCACCACUGGCCUCUGACAUUCUUGCCUGCACCAGAGGAAUGAGCUUGGAUGACUCUGCAGACUCGUUUCCCAUCUCCACACCAGUGGCAGAGGAACCGAUCUGUUUUCCUCGUGAAUUGGGCAAAAAUGAAACUGCGUCGGCUUACAACGAGCAAUCGGUAGAUCAAAUCCUCCCUGUGAAUCCACAAGAUGAGUAUCCCGAUUGUUUGAAAGAUGACUACAAAAAUGGGACUGUUGUGGUACCAGACUUGCCUGAAUUGUUGGAUUUAGGGGUUGAGAGAACUAGACUGAGCUCCGAGGGCACAGAGGCAGAACAGGCUAGAAAAUCCUCAAUUCCCUCAGAAGGUGGGGCUGAAAACAUUGCCUCCAGUCCAGAGGCUAUCACCGAAAGCAUCAAACUGAUUAUUAAAAAUGUCAGUCAGGCAGAGGAAAUGGGUUACUGUGUAUUCGAAUAUUCAGCUCCCUUACCAACUCCAGAAGAGGUAAAAAGUCCUCUGGAGGAAGGCAGUAUCUUCCUUCAGCAUCUCUCCCGGGCAUCUCAGGCUAUAGAUGAGGAAACCAUCAGGAGGCAGAUGGACGCAAAUCAGUACAAGGAUUCAGGUUAUCGAAUUACCAUGGUGCCAGAAAUUCAGGAGCCGGAUUUAAAAAUAGCAACGAUCCCAGAAACGCAGACAGAAGAAACCAUUUUGUCGGUCAUGCCGAAAGAGGUAGUGACGACGCCAUCUGUGCCAGUUGAUCUCACCAUAGGAUCUGGACUGAAGGAAUCAAGUGUCCAGAAUGAAGCCCUGAUCACCAGCACACAAAAAGUCCCAGCAGAAAGUCCCACAAAACUUUCCAAAGAUUAUGAACCCGAGGUGAAAAUCGAAAGUGGUUCAGGGUCUAAUCUUCUCCAUGAGGUAAACGUGUCGGAAGUAUCUUCGAAACAGGAGAUCACAGAUCAUAAAGUACCUGGAAAAGACAUUGCUAAACAAGAAGCCAUACAACCUGGAAGAACCAUGGAAGGUGACACAAAGCCGAGCUUAGCAUCUGAGUUCACUGUACCAGACUUGAGUUCGAAAGCAGAGUCUGUUGAUCAUAAAGUAACUGGGGAAGAUAUUCCCGUUCAAGAGGCAAUUCCACCUGAGGAAGCCGUAGAAACUGACACAAAGCAUAGUUUGCCCUCUGAGACCACUAUCCCAGACUUGAGUUCAAAAACUGAAUCUGUUUCGGGCACAUUACUUGAAAAAUCUGCACCUGUUCAUGAAGAAGCUCAACCUAAAACUACUGCAAAGGUUGAGACUAGCCCAGAUGCAGGUUGUUUGGAAACGGAGCCGAUUGUACAUUCAGGAUCUGAGAAAGUUGCUUCGAUUCAAGAAGCCCCUCAUACUAUAGAAGAUGAGAUGACGCAUGGUUUGGCCAGUGAUGUCAGCGUAGAUGACAAAAUAACUAAGGAAACUACCACUGCUCAAGAAAUGAUUCAGCCAGAGGAAUCCAUGGACGGUGAAAAUUGGCCUCAAUUAACUAGUGAGAUGACUGGACCAGAAGCAGAUUUACAGCUGGAGCCUACAGAUGAGAGGCUUUCUGAGCAACAAACUCCCGUUCAAGCGACUCAACCAAAGAAAACAACAGAAGAUGAGCCAAGAUCUGGUUUAUCUAUUGACGUUACUGCAGCUGAAACGGAUGUGAAACCAGAGUCUGUCGAUCACCAAUCAUUCGAGACGCCGACUCCUGUACAAGAGACCACUGAACCUAAGAAAGCCGGGGAAAACGAGACUGAGCCUGCGUUAUCCAGUGUGGCACCUCUACCAGCUGCAGAGCUAGAAAAGGAGCCCGUUGACCACAGUGUUUCUGAGAAAGCUGCUGCAGAGCCUGAGGGAAUAUUGAAGGAUGACUUUGCUAGGCCUAAUUUGCUCGUCAAAGUCUCUGUACCAGAAAUAGUUCUACAAACAGAAUAUGCUGACCCUGAGGUGCCCCAGGAAAGUGGUUCUGCAGAAGAGACCAACGAAGCCAGAGGAGUUGUGGAGUCAAUCAUUACAAUGCAGGACGAUGUCAUCACGGUUGUUCAGACGACCUUGGAGGAAAGAGGGGCAGCCCACAAUGUGAGGUUUGUCAUGUCGGACAGCGGUGAAGUCGAGGACAUGGGAGCCACCAGCCCACAAGCGCAGAUGACGGAAGAAAUUAUUCAAGUUGAACCGACUGUGGAAUGUGCCCAGACACCAGCUUUCCCAGAGAAGAUAGAAAUCCCAACAGACGUAAAGGAAGAUGACAGUAUUGAUGAAUCAUUAAUGGACACAGACAGCCUCUGGAUGGACACUCCAGAUGAAGAGAGUAUCAUAGUAGCACAACCCACUGUUGUUGCUAAGCAGGUGAAAGCAGAGAAGGAGCUCAGCAGCCCAUCCAUGGAUAAGCAUAGGAAAGGGAAGAUGUUAAAAAGUGGAAAAAACAGAGUUUCUACGCCUGAAAGGAAAACAAUUAAAAAAGAAAUCAGUACAAUCUCCAAAGAUGACAAAAAGAAGAGAAAAGUGUAUAAGAAGUCUGAACUUGCUAAAAAAUCAGAAAUUCAGACCCGAUCUCCCUCCAGGAAAAUCAUUUUAAAACCAGCUGUAAGAUAUCAUAGACCAGCUCACCUCCCUUGUACUAAACGGAAGCAGACAGCUCCUGGAAUUGGGGAAGGUGCAUAUAUUUUUGACCAAAAGUUCUCUGUUGCUAGACAAUCCAAGGACAGAAUUCUAAACUCAUCUCCUUUAACAAAGAUUCCUACCUCAAAAGUGUCUUCUCUCCUCCCUGAAAGACCCAAUUCUGCUUGUUCUGCUACUAGAAAAGUCUUUACUGAUCUAGAUCAUUGUCCCAUGCGACCCUCAUCUGCUGGUCCUAGGGACUCAUUGAUCGGGCAGGCAAUAAGAAAGGAUGCUGCCUUAAGAAGCCCAGAGAAACGGUCUGCUUUACCAAGACCUUCGUCAAUCCUGUCUACUCGUCGGGCUCCAUCAGCGGAUAAAGAUGCACCUUUAGUCCCCAUUACAAGCCCAGUAUAUUCUGCACCAAAAAGACCCACAAGGUCUGAAUCGGUUCGCUCCAGGUCAGCAAGAAGCGGGACGGCUACACCAACCACCCCCGGAUCAACUGCAAUCACACCGGGCACACCACCCAGCUAUUCCCGCACGCCAGGGACCAGGACACCUCGUACCCCCGGCACUCCUGGCACACUUAAAUCUCCCAUUCUUGUACCCACAGAAAGGAAAGUGGCAAUUAUCCGCACCCCACCCAAAUCCCCCAUCACUCCAAAACAGCUCCGUGUGAUCAACCAGCCAAUGCCUGAUCUGAAAAAUAUCAAGUCCAAAAUCGGAUCCAUUGACAAUCUGAAGCACCAACCCAGAGGAGGACAGGUCCAAAUUUUAAGCAAGAAGUUUGAUUACAGUUUUGUCCAAUCAAAAUGCGAUUCCACGACUAACGUCAAGUAUGUUCCCGGGGGAGGAAAUGUACUUAUAGCAAAUGUAAAACCUGAUUUUACCCAUAUUCAGCCAAAAUGUGGCUCGAUGGACAACAUACGUUACUCUCCCCAGAUUGGAAACAUACAAAUAGUUACCAAGAAAAUAGACGUGAGUCAUGUCACAUCAAAGUGUGGCUCUUUCAGCAACAUACGCUAUAGACCAGGUGGAGGACACAUUAGGAUUGAAAGUCAGAAAUUGGAUUUUAAGGAAAAAGCUCAAGCCAAGGUUGGCUCACUUGAUAACACUCGCCAUACCCCGGGAGGUGGACACAUAAAGAUCGAAAGUCAUAAACUUUCUUUCCGUGAAAAUGCCAGAGCUCGUGUGGACCACGGGGCUGAUAUUGUCACUCAGUCCCCCGGCUUAUCUGGGGCCGCGACUCCUCACAGGCUCAGCAAUGUCUCAUCUUCUGGAAGCAUCAAUUUGAUGGAGUCACCCCAACUCGCCACACUUGCUGAGGAUGUCACCGCUGCACUGGCCAAACAAGGAUUGUGACUUUGCUGUCCUAAUUGUUUGUUUGUAGCAUGUGCUUUGAGUUUUCUUGAGCUCAGAGUGGGAUUGCAUUUAUUCCUUUCAAUUAAAUAAGCGAUCAUGUCCCAAGACUGUAGUGAAUAAAAACAAAAUCUCGUUUCCAUUCACGCCAGGUAUUUCUGGCUUUAGAUGGGUACAACUGCUGUACAUCACGCAUAGCAAUGUUGUUGUUCAGCUGUUUUUGCAUGGACUGAUGGCAAAUGCAUUUGCAAUGUUUAAAAGCCUAAAGGCACUGUUGAAAUGGACCACUGCUCUGAAAGCAGCUGUCACAGUUUUAUUCCCAGCCACUCAUUCAACAUUGAACUCAUAAUUCUUUGUAGAUGAGGAUGGCAUCUAUUCUUAAUAUUUAUUGCAAGAUGAGCAAAUGAAUUGCAUACUCGAAUUAAAUGGGAAUAAACGUGUCAGACGACUGGAGAAGCCUCAGAACCUGCCUAGUGUUGCGUGGUUCAGGAAAGACAGAUAGUUUGAUAAGUUAAUGGCUGAAGUAUUAGGUAUGGUCUAGACAUGACAUUGACACAUUAUUAAUGUGUCUGUUCACAAGAUCAUUUUGAUUGGCAUUUUUACAAUGUAAACCACACUAAAAAAUGGGAAUGAUGUUAUUCACAAAUAGGGAGCAGCUAUUUUAAAUAGGAUACAUUUCCUGUGCCGUGGAUUUGUAUCUGAUUAGAAUGUCAAUUCAGUGCUAGAUUUCUAUAAUACACCAACUUUUCAUAUUCUGUUUGAUCAGCUGUUUGAUACAGUAUUAUAGAUAUUCCUCUGCGGCCAGUUGUGGUAUCCCUCAUAUACUUGAAGUUAUGCUUUUAUUCACAGUAUCUGUGUUUCUGCACCCUUUGGUGUCACUGUUUAGGGUAAAGUAGGUGUUAGCAGUUAUACUGUUAGAAUUCUCUCUCUCUCUUGAAAAUAGAACUUUUAGCAUGAAGUGCUUUCUGUAACAACCAAAAGCUGUGACCUUGGUUUUAGUGCCAGAUGCAAGUUUGUUGAUGUAAUGCUAGCUAAAAGAUUUCAAACAAUCGCUUUGUAGAGUAUUGGUGUACUGAGGGGGUCACACAGCAUUUGGUAUGCGCUGUUUUCUGCUUAUUUCACUUGGCAAACCAGGUGUGUUUAAAUACUGGGGCAUAUGAAGAAUAAUAGUGUGAUUUUUAUACCACAAAAUGAUAAUGUUGAAGUAUUUUUUUUAACAUUUGUUGGCUACAUUUCAGAGUUACCAAAGUCAGACUUGAACGCAUUUCUCUUUGCUCACAGAUCAACGUCAGUGGACUUCAAUUAUAUUUAAAAUGAAUAAGCGCAAAUUCAUUUUUAAUGGAAGAAGGUAUGACAGCAGUAGUUGGUAAAUGAGUUGUAAGAAUUUAGAAAGAGGCAGUAUCCGUUCUCCAGAGGUGGAUAGACUGUAAUCAAAACUAAUAAAAAAUUAAUCCAAAAGUAAUUUUGUAAAUACUGCGGCCUUAUGAAAAGGUUCCAUGCAGAUAUUUAUUCGCUUAAUCAAACUAAAGAGAAUUAAAUAAGUUCAGACUUCACCUGUUUUUCAUUAGCUUUGUAAAAAUGCUUUGGGAAGUUAAACCAAUCUUUUGUAAAAGAAAACGGCAAUGUAUUUUAAGAUGAUCAGAAUGUAUUGAUAGGAAUGCUGCAUAUUUUUCAUUAAGAAAAUUAACAUUCAGUCUGCAUUGGACAAAGAUACUGUUUAACUGGGAGCGAUGGGAACUUUGCGAAAGUCAGACUGCUUUAAAGGGAUAGUCUGAGAUUUGUGGUUUUAAUUUUGCAUCAUAAUAGUCCAACAAAAAAAAUACUUCAACUUUAAGGGAACAAAUAAAUGAGAGAAAAAAUAUAUGUCCUGGUGUAGGCCACAGGAUUUUAAUGUGCUUUAGAGAAUGUGUUUCAUGUCAUGUCAUUCUGGAGUCUGUUACAACAGGAAGCUAUUUUGGGAUUGGCUGGUGUUAGCUUUGUUCAUGUUUUUAAGUCAAAUUUGCACUUGUAUUUGUUGCUGUAGAGUGAUGAUUUGCAAAAUAAAUUGCUUCUCAUCUAAAUACUAA